AUGAGCUCCUCGACGGGAGUCCAAGAGAGGUAUCUGAAGGCAGUGACAGGGUUCCAGAAGAUGAGCUUGGGCGGAGUGCAGUCUUGGGCGAUCUGCUUGGUGAUAACAAAUGUGAUGGAGAUCCUCGUGAAAGGGAUCAUCGCGCCUUCCUUCCCGACGGUCUGCAAUUUCGCCCUGAAGUCGUGCACGAGCUGCGCCACCUUCUACGACAUCAACGUCUACCCUGUUACCUGCGGCAUCACCUAUCUCCUGUGCUCGUUUGCGCUCGUUUUCGUGGUGGCCUACGAGAGGCAGUUCCACGACUAUCUGGCUCCGAUCGAGCCGUACUGGAAGUUUAUGGGCGUGAAGUCCGUGGUCUCGGUGACAUAUUUUCAGUGGUUUGUGUUCAAGUGGAUUCUUCAGCUGGAAGAGCAGAAGAUGUAUUUUUGGCAUACGCUCAUUUGCUGCGUAGAGAUGCCCCUCCUGUGCAUCAUGCACUCGAACUGUGCCUACCCCUAUAAGGGAAAGUGGUUGCAAGGUCUGGCGGACUUCGACAGCUCCGAGGGGCAAUCCAAGUCGGAGGGGGAUGAAGCUGGAGACGGAUCCACUGCGUGCGGGCACUUGAAGCCUUAUGCUUUGGCCCUGGUGUACAUCCCUCUGUCCUGCUUGGUCAGCUUCCGCGCGGUCUGCUGGGUCGCCCCCCCGGAGUACGACAUGCUGCCCCAGGUGCCAGUGGCCAACGUCACGUGCCAGGAGGCGUCUGGGAGCUACGUCAGCGGCCUGAACAGCUCCCUGCACCUGGCGCCCCCGGCGAGCCGCUUCGCGUGGCGGGCGCUUCCGCUCUGCUCGACGGUGGAGGCCAGCUGCGCGCUGGGGUAUGCAGGCCGGCCCGAGCUGCACUGCGGCUUCGACAGGAGGUACAGCGUCACUGGGCAGUGCUCGCAGGUGGGCUGCGGGCCGCCCCGGCAGCUGGACAACGCGGAGCCCAUCACCGACAGCGCAGCCAAGGCGAAGGGCUGGACGGUAGGGACCAGCGUCGACUAUCAGUGCAAUGAAGGCUACCGCGGGGCUCCCCAUGCCGUGUGCAAGGACGACAAGCAGUGGCACGUUGAGCUGAAGGACCAGUGCCAGAUCAUCGGCUGCGGCGCCCUCGAGACCUACCUCACGAAGCUGGAAGGCACGCACUGGCAGCGCAUGAUGUCGAUGGACAGCCCUUACAACCUCACGACCAGCAAGGUGGGCGACGCAGUGCAGUUCACCUGCAGGCCCGGAUACCGCGGCCAGCCACUGGUGAACUGUCGCUCUGGGCAGCGGCAGGGAGGGUUGUGGGACAUCAGGGACCGCUGCGGCGCCUUCAUCACCGUGCUCGGGUGCCGCUGCGAGGCCUCUUGGGUCGAUUGCCGCGACUGGUUCGGCAGGCGCUGCCAGAGGUGGCACGGUUGCGCUCGGACGAAUGGCCAGACUUACACAUGGUGCAGGGUGAAGCCGGGCUCUUGUCCAGCGGCUGCGCGGAACCCGUUCUCGUUCGGCAACGUCUUCCAGAUAGGUGCAGAGCCACAGUGGGACACCUGCAGUCCAGACAAUUUCAACAUCAGCUGGCCCCCAGAACCCGUUCUGGACGUCGGCUUUAGGAUUGGUGCUGCCGACACCUACCUAAUGGCGCUCUUGGCGUCCUCACUGGUGUCGUUCCUGCUCUGGCGCAAGCUGGUCGCGGAGGGCAUCGGCGUCUGCUGCAAAGGCCUUCAGGCGGUCACCAGGGCGGCCAGCCCGGUGGGGCAGGGAGUCAGGCGCAUCCCCGGCGCGCUGCGCAGGAGGUGGCGCACGCUGGCCUGGUACCUGCGGGCGCGGUGGCGCGGCGCGUCCGCGCGGCUGCGGCGCAGGCGCACGGAGCUCGCCGAGCAAGUGGCCGGGUGCGCCCAGGGCUGCGCGGCGAG